UCGCCAGCCAAUAUGAGACCUUUAGUGCUUAGGGGCCAUCGGAGGCCGUUAACUUGCGUGAAGACCAACAGGGAGGGCGAUCUUCUGUUUACCUGUGGGAAGGACGCCUGUUUAAUGCUAUGGAGGACUGACAAUGGUCAACAGAUCGGUCAAUACAACACUGGCCGUGGUGCCAUUUGGUGUUGUGAUGUAACCCUAGACUCUAAGCGUUUGAUUGUGGCUACUGGUGACGCCAGGAUAUUGGUUAUGGACACCUUUUCUGGUGAGAUAUUGGCUGACAUACAGGACGAGGGUGCUUGCAAAUAUGUUGAGUGGAACCGUCAUCCUAGGAACCAGGAUCGUUUUGUUGUGAUUCAUGACGACUUUGGUGAGAAUGUGAUGAUGGCUGUGAAGGUCUACAAGCUAAACUUCGUUGAGGAUGAGGAUGGCAACUUGGUGGUGGAGCAUCGCAAUCUGUGGAUUCAGCGUGGCUACAGGUCACGUGCCAUUCAGUGUCAUUGGGGUCCGCUUGACAAGGAGGUGAUAACAUGUCACGAGAACGGUACAAUUCAGGUAUGGAACGCUUCUGAUGGCACUCAACUACGUAUCAUUGAAGCUCACAAGCAGGUUGUAACUUGCAUAUCAUUUGAUCUUUAUGGUCUGUUUAUGUUAUCGUGUUCUACUGACGGCACUGCUAAGUUAUGGGAGACUCGUACGUGGACCACUGUGAAGAACUACAAGACUGACCGUCCUUUGAAUGCUUGUGUGAUCUCACCGUUAUUUAGGUUAGACAGUGCUGAGAAGGCUCACAUUAUGCUUGGUGGUGGUCAAUCUGCUGACGAGGUCACAACCACUGCUGCAUCAGAGGGUAAAUUCCAGGCACUGAUAUACCACUUGAUUCACGAGAGUGAGAUUGGUAGCAUUAAGGGUCACUUCGGUCCCAUUAACACUUUAACAUUCCUUGCUGACGGUCAAGGAUACGUCAGUGGUGGUGAGGACGGUAACGUCAGGAUAUACCACUUUGACAACGACUACAUCCUUGACAAGUACGAUUAAGAC